AAUAUAGAUAUCCUCAUGCGCAACGUCAUAACGGUUUAUUUUUUCCGGAUCUGGACUAUAUAAGACAGUUGAAUCCACAAAAGUUGUACACUUUAUUUCUCAACAGAAGCGUAUUUUAUUGCAAAAUGAAAUUAUUUUUCUUUACAACUUUUUCUGUCUUAAUUUUGGUUUCGGCUCGAGAAUUUUCGACAUGUGAAUUAGUGAGACAAUUGAGACACCAUGGUUUUCCUGAAAGCAAAAUGCGGGAUUGGGUUUGUUUAAUCGAAAAAGAGAGCGGUCGAAGAAAUGAUGCCAUCGGUAUGAUGAAUGCAGAUGGCUCCUGGGACCACGGCUUGUUUCAGAUAAAUGAUCGCUAUUGGUGCAACAGAAGUAACUGGCCUAGUAAAGAAUGCCAUGUCACCUGUGAUCAACUCAGAAGGGAAGACAUAGGACCAGCAGCAAGAUGUGCUAAGUUAAUAUUCGCCCGCCACGGUUUUUCAGCUUGGUACGCCUGGCGUGAUCAUUGCCAGUCAUCAUUGCCGCAGAUCGGCCACUGCUAACUACAAAAUAUAGCCCUAACCUUUGUGUACUUAGCUUAUGUAUAUAAGUGUAAAGAGUUCGUUGAAAUCGUCGAGUUAACUCUGAGUGCGUCACCAAUAAGAUUUUAAUAACAAGUCAAAA